CUGUUGACAUCUGAGCAGGUCUGAUCAUUGAUUGGCUGGAAGGACUUUUCAAGGUGUGUCUUUCAACAAGAAGAUACUUCAGUUCCAAGGAGAUGUUAGUGGAACAUGAUAGCUGUUUUGUGUGAAAUAAAAGAAUCUUGCACUUUUGCAAAGACACAACUAGAGGAUUAUGAAGCACAUCUCCAUUUCUAGCUGGUUGUCUCAGCUGGGGCUCCCAGAGUAUGGGGCUCUUUUUGAUCAACAGUAUGAUGGGGUAGAGGAUUUACUCCAUCUGACAGAAGCUGAACUCCAGAGAAUGGGCGUUGAGAAUCAAAUCCACCGGACACACAUCCUUUCCAACAUCUUGCUUCUUCAAGAAGCAGAAAGAAAACAAGAGUUGAGAAUGAUAGCAGCUGGGAAAUUUGCAAGUCUCCCAAGGAAUAUGCAGAUGAGCCAUGAAUUCUCCUUGGCCUCGUCUAUGGACCUUUUGACCAGCAAACCGUCCCUGGCUACUGAUCAUCGCUCUGGCAUAUGUCAAGAUGUUUCCAUCCAUGGCACCCUCCCAAGGAAGAAAAGGGGAGGCAUUCCUGUUGGAUCUUCAGACCCCUUUCACCAUAUGGGGACUUCGCCAUACAGCAAAGCGCAUCGACCACAAGGACCUUUAAUCCAAAAUACCAUAGAGGAGUAUCCCCAGAAAAACAAGAAGAAUGACAACUUCUUUAGCAGGGAUCAGAAUAUGGCGGAUCCAACGGUUGAAUAUGUAAAGUUUUCAAAGGAAAGACAGGUGAUGGAGAGGCAGGUGACGAUGGACAGCUCCCCAGAAAAACUGAAGAAAGAGUUGGAAGAGGAGCUGCAGAUGAGCAGCGAAGAUCUGCGAAGCCACGCCUGGUAUCACGGACGUAUUCCACGCCAGGUGGCAGAAAGCCUCAUUCAGAGAGAUGGAGAUUUCUUGAUUCGGGACUCGCUUUCCAGCCCUGGGAAUUUUGUCCUUACUUGUCAGUGGAAAAACAUCUCUCAGCAUUUCAAGAUCAAUAAAACCAUCUUCAGGCUCAAUGAAGCUUACUGCCGCGUUCAGUACUGCUUUGAAGACGAAGGUUUUGACAGCAUCCCCGGCCUGGUUCGGUGCUAUGUAGGAAACCGCCGGCCGAUAUCAAAGCAGAGCGGAGCAAUUAUAUUUCAGCCCAUCAACAGGACCGUUCCCUUGCGUUGUCUGGAGGAGAAAUAUGGCAUUUCCCAAGGCAUGCAAAGAGAAGGAAGCAUUCCUGAAGGACAAAUCGAUACUCCAAAAAGGCUCAGCCUCAAUAUGUGCAACCGCCUGGCCAGGGAGCAGAAUUCAGUUCGGGGAAACCUUUUAAGAAACAAAGAAAAAAGUGGGAGCCACCCAGCAUGUUUGGACCAUGUGCUGGAGAAAAGGUUCCCUCUCAAGGCUCACCAGUCAGAAAGUUUUCUUCCAAUAGGUUCAAGACACCUGUCUCAGGGAAAUGAAGCAGAAACCAGCCCUUGUCGAAAGUCUCCGGCCUUCAGGACAGGCAGCGAACCUGCUCUGAGUCCCCUGAUGUUUCGGAGAUUUGCUUCUGAGUUACAAAUAAAUGAUGUCCUCAGGGGUUCGGAUAGCCAACUCUAUCCGAAGCCACCACCUAAACCCAGUAAAGUGCCCUUUCUGAGGCCAUCACACGGUUCAGACGUGCUCUAUUGUGAACUGAACACAGCUCUUCCUGCAGACUGUAGAAUUUCAAAGCAAUCUUUAUGCCAGAAGAACAGCUUUGUAGACUAUCUGACUACUAAGGAGAAUGGGACACAUCCUGACCCAAACUAUUUGAUCCUGGACAACAGGGAUUCUUUCCUGAGUUCUGUGGACCCACUAACAGCCCAGACAGAGAUGAGCAACGAGAGUGACGUCUUUGUGGCGCCUGUUCUUGAGAUGGUCUCCAGUUUCCAUCCCAACAAUUUUGAGUCAAAACUCCUCCCCUUGGAAAACAAACCCUUGGAGACGGCCAUGUUAAAAAGGGUGAAGGAGUUUUUCACUAACAACAGUGCAAAGACCAUUGCUCACCAUAUACUUAAGAUGGACUGCAAGGUUGCUAGGAUACUCGAAGUCUCUGAAGAGAUGCGGAGGACCAUGGGAGUAAAGUCAGGCCUGGAGGUUAUUACACUGCCUUACGGACACCAACUGCGCCUUGACAUAAUUGAAAGACACAAUACUAUGGCAAUAGGAAUCGCAGUGGAUAUUCUUGGCUGUACAGGAAACUUAGAAGAGCGUGUCGCGACAUUAAAUAGGAUUAUCCAAGUCGCUGUGGAGCUCAAAGAAUCUAUGGGGGAUCUCUAUGCCUUCUCGGCUGUAAUGAAGGCUCUGGAAAUGCCUCAGGUUACAAGGCUGGAGCAGACAUGGACCAUGUUGAGGCACUGCUACACUCAGACAGCCAUUAUGUAUGAGAAACAGCUGAAACCAUUCUGCAAAGCCUUGCAUGAAGGAAGAGAGAUCACUUCUGUUCCUCAAAACAUUGUCACCGUUCCCCUGCUGAUGCCAUUGGUCAACCUGCUGGAACGACAGACAGUUGUAUUUGAUGGGAUGGAUGUGUGGGAGAACACUGACCAAAGUUGUGAAAUCAUGCUGAAGCACUUGGCGACUGCGCGCUUGAUCGCACAAAACGCCAGCCUGUAUAGCACAAAUGCGGAAAGGAUACUCACAGGUUUUCAGCCGGACAAUGAAAUGAACGAGAUCUUCAAAACAGAAUUUCAGAUGAGAUUGCUCUGGGGCAGCAAAGGAGCACAGGUCAACCAAAGUGAAAGAUAUGAGAAAUUCAACCAGAUUUUAACUGCACUCUCCCGAAAAUUAGAGCCUCCUCAAAUAAAGCAGAAUGAGUUGUGAAAUGUCUGGUGGACUCGCCAAUACAGAUAAUGCAACCUAGCUAUUGAAGGGAGAACACACUAUGAAUAAGACUGUCAAGUAUUUGUGUAAAACUACUUUUCCAGGAUGGAAAGAAACUGCUUUGACUCCCCGCAAAUCAUCUCCUUUUCAGGACUGGUUUGGUGCCUGUUCAUUCCUUUACCUGCUGCUACUUUUAAUGUAUUUGUACAAACCUGGAAACGGUGAUCCAAGGACUUAAUAAAACCAGUUCCAAAGUAGGACAGUGCUUAGUAUUUUACAUCUGUUUUAAAUCUAAAUAUGUAGGUGUUUUCAUGCUCUUUCACACCAAGUUCCCAAAAGGGAGAGUCUUACUACUGCCAUUUU